CAACCAAUCAUAUUACAAUUACAAAGUUGUUCGGAAUAAUUUUAUCAGUUUUGUUGUUUUCAAAAUGGCAACUGCAAAUAUUGACAAAGAAAUGGAACCUGCCCUAAAUCAAAACGAAGAGCUGCUUGGCAUUACACCUUCUCGUCGGUCGCCCCAUGGUGGGGUUUCUAGGAAACGUAAAGCUGAUAGGAGUAGUUGGAAACAAAGUGUAAGAAAAAUCCAACGUCAGUCGGGUAAAGCUUAUAAAAAUACGAAAGGAGAACAAAUGCCAAAAAGAUCUAUUGUUGCACUAAAAAGUUGCAGAAAUUGUAAAUUUAAAUGUUCUACCAAUAUAUCUGAGAUUGAGCGUCAAAUAAUAUUUGAUAACUUUUGGACCUUAGAUGAUGACGGAAAAAAACAUUUCUAUUCUAAAACUACUGAAAAUCUGGAGAAAAAACGCUGUCGGACAGCUGCUGGUGACAAUUCAAGAAGAAAAACAUCUUAUUAUUAUAGCUUUUUUGUUUCUAAUACACAAUAUAGAGUUUAUAAAUCAUAUUAUCUUUCAACAUUGAAUAUUAGCAGCCAUAGAGUGUUUUACUUUCAUAAGUUUAAUAAAUCUUUAACUACUGGAACACCAUUGCAAUCAAAAUCAGGGAAACAUGUUAAAAAAAGGUUACUAGAAGAGUCUAAACAAGUUGUACGAGACCAUAUUAACCUUUUCCCAAGAAUUGAUGCUCAUUAUAGCAGGAAAAAGACACAUAAAGAAUACAUGGAAGGAUCACUAAAUAUAGGUAGAAUGUAUGAACAUAUGUAUCGUUAUAUCUUUAAUCAUGAGUUCAAUAUAGAAUUUCAAAAACCGAAGAAAGAUUUAUGUGACACAUGCUAUGAGUAUCGCAACAUUGUUAAUGCAAGCAAUGAACAAACAGAUAGUUAUAAUAAGCACAUCAAAUCAAGGAAUGAUACCAAAACUGAACGUGAAAAUGAUCUCCAAAAUGUUGAUUCUAAAAUUGCAAUUGUUUGUAUUGACCUUGAAAAUGUUUUAAAUUUGCCUAGAGCUAAUGUGGGAAACUUUUAUUACAAACGAAAACUUUCAAAUUAUAACUUAACUGGUCAUUGCUCGCUUAACAGGAAGGGUUAUUGCAUCCUUUGGCACGAAGCCAUGACUGGUCAUGGAGGAAAUGAUCUAGCCAGUGCUGUAACAUGUUUGCUUUUGAAAAUCAUGGCUGACCUUGACAUAAAUAAGUUCAUACUUUGGUUCGAUUCAUGUGUACCACAAAACCGCAAUAGUUUCAUGUCAGCAGCUUUGUGUGAAUUUAUAAUACGAUACCCACAAAUAAAAGUAAUUGAACAGAAGUUCUGCAAGCCAGGUCAUUCCAGCAUUCAAGAAUGUGACAACAUUCAUAGUCAGAUUGAAAAAUCCCUCUCUGCUGCAGAAAUAUUUAGUCCACUUGGGCUAGAAAGAGCUAUUAAAAAUGUAAACCGUAAAAAACCUUUCUGUGUUUACCAAAUGCAAUUAGGAGAUGUAAAGAAUUUUUCAGUUGUCGCUGGUUUGUCAAGUUAUAAGUUAGUGCCUUAUUCAAAGGUUAAAAAUCUUGUUUAUCGAAACGGACUGCCAUACCAUGUUUUUUUUAAAACCUCGUUUUCAGAUAAUUAUUCACAAGCUCGUAUAAAUAAGUCUGUCAAGAAAGCAGCAUCAACCAUUGUUGCAAAACCAUUAAAUACCAAUAUACCAAUGGCAGCUUGCUUUCGUGCUUCUUAUCAGUCUAUAUCUGUUGCAAAAGCCAAUGAUAUCAUUUCCAUGUAUUCAUACAUGCCUGCUGUUGAUAUUGCAUUUUAUAAAACAAUAAUAAAUUGAACAUUUACAAAACAUUAAUAAAGUCAA